AGUCGCAUUCGACGUCACUCAGUCGCACACUGGUGACGUCGGCUUGGCAGCGAGGCAAGAUGGCUACCUCGGCUUGGCUGCGCGGCCCGUCCGCGAUGCGACUAACGGAGGGUUUGGUGUCGGUUCUGAAGGAGCAGCGUCCGGAGCAUUUACCUGCCCUGCUGGCCAGCUACAGGGAGCACGGGGUCUUCCAGACACAGGGCGCGAGCGCCGUCGGGGGUCUCGUGGGGUUCAGCAAUGCCAAACUGGGCUCGAGCAAGACCAGGUUUGAGGGGCUCUGCCUGCUCUCUAUGCUGGUUAAAGACAGCUCCAGUGAGUUGUUCCAGCAGCACUGUGUGUCCUGGCUGCGCUCCCUGCAGCAGGUCAUACAGUCUCAGGCUCCGGUUCAGACCAUCCAGCUGGCGGUGAACAUUUUGAAGGAUGUGCUGCAGUACUCGUCUCAGCUAGCAGAGCUCGCCCGGGAGGUCGGCCUCAACUCCAUCCUGGGCAUCCUAACGUCUCUGCUGGGUCUCAAGACAGAGUGUGAGCUGGCAGCCAUGGAGGGCAUGACGGCCUGUAUGAGCUACUACCCCAGAGCCUGUGGAUCCCUCAGGGACAAACUGGGAGCCUAUUUCCUCUCCAAAAUGGACAGCACAAACAAGAAAACACAAGAGAUGGCCUGUCAGUGUUACGGGCGGCUGCCCUGCCUGGGCGGCCUGUUGGACAGAGGGGUGGGUGCUGGCAGAGCUGAAGGCUGGACCAAUCAGAUUCACUGCCUGCUGGCCUCAGCCAAUGUCCUGCUGACUCAGAUCUACCAGGGUUCAGAAACAGAUGGAACGGUGCAAUAUGAAGGUCCGGGGGUGGAGUUGGCCUUUCCUCACCUCGACCAAUCAGAUCCUCUGCUGCUGCUGCAGCUCCAGCACAGAUACACAGCGGUCUGCCUGGCACUCAAACACACACUCAGGGUGGAUCCAGCCUCUGCUGUCCGUCUGCCUGUCAGAUCAAUACUCAACCUGGUGUGCAGAGUCCUCGCUGUCAGCUCCAAGAGCAUAAACUUAACAGGAGACGGGAGUGUGAGGUUGCUGGUCCUCCCCAUCAUACACACCAACACACUGGAGAUCUUAUCAGCUCUUAUCACAGCUGUGCGUAGCGGCAUGGUUCAGUUCGCUGCUGUCCUACAGAGACUUUUUUCUCAAACCCUGUCAGCCUGGACGCCUCUACCUGAAGCCAGUCUGGGACAGCAAAGAGCCUACAGCUCAGUGCGGGUAUCAGUGUACAGGACCUUAGAGCUGUGGGUCCAGGUGGCCGGAGCCUCUUCCAGCAUCCUUCAGGGAAGCCCCGGUCACUCAGAGCUCCUCUUUAGUCACCUGCUGAGUGACAUCACACCAGGGGCGGAGUCUGUCAAGCUCCGGGCGGGGCUGUCAGCUGAUGCCGUACCUGGAGGCAAGCCUGGACCACGGAGGACAAAACCUCUGGUGAUGGCAGACUCUGUCGGGACGUCCCUCCAGAGGAAAGGAGACCUCGUGGCCAAUCAGGACACGUGCCUGUCCGCCCUAAGGGCUCUGAGGCAGAUCAUCCUGAGCAGCGGCACGCUGCUGAAAGACGAUAUACACAAGCGUCUCCAUGACGUCGUGCUGCCGCUGUGCGUGCGUCUCCAGCAGCAACAGUCCAGCAGCAGCACUUCCUGUGAAACAGCAGGGGGCGUCAGCGGGCAGUACAACAGUGCCCUCACCAGACGAGAGCUCUUCAGGUUGUUGCUGGCUCUGGUCCUGGUCCCGUCCCCCUGCUGGCCUCCUCCGCUGACCUGCGCCGUGUCCAUCCUCAGCAACGGACGCAACGACCGCAACCUUAAGGUCUCUACGUUCUGCACCGAGGCUCUGACCGUCUGUAACUCCCUCCUCCACCCCCGCACUCCCUCCAUCGCCCUCCCCCUCCCACCCCUCACCCUGAAACCCACGCCCUCCGCUCCGGUCCUCCCCUCCUCCCAGGGACCCACCCCCGGACUCACCUUGCCGACGCUCCUUGGAGGCCCCGCCCCCGGCCCCCCCUUCCCCACCCGCCACUCCCUCGGCCUGGGUCCCGCUUCCCUACUGGGUUCUCUUGAGAACCACCUCUCCCUGGUUCCCGGGCUGCCGGGCCAGGCCCCCACCCCGGCAGACAUGAUCCUGUCCCCGCACGCACACCACCAGCAGGACCCCGCGGGGCUGGGCCUCCCGGAGGGGCAGAGACCCGUGUUCGUGCGCUACGACCGCGAGGAGGCGGAGGACGUGGAGAUCUCUCUGGCCAGCGACUCUGACGACAGCGUGGUCAUCGUCCCCCCGGGGAUGCUGAACAUGGAGAACCAGCAGGACGAGACGGCAGCAGCUGCAGCUAAUCCUCAGAACAUGGCCUCCGCUGCACCAGGGGGCACUACAGUCACACUACCAGGAGCAGAGCCGGUUACCAUGGUGCCCACCACGGCAACAACAACCACAAUAGACAGAGUGUCGCUCCCCAACGACCUCUCCACCUCCUCCCCUCUGCUCACCACCUCCACCACCCCCAUAAACUCCUUCCCUCCGUCCAGCUCCUCCGUGGUCUCCCUGGUGCCCCCUUUGACCUCCAGCGCCCUGGCGGCUCCGCCCGGCGGUCUGGGGGACUCGUUGCCCGGGCGACCCCAGCUCCAGCAGAUGCUGAUGCAGCCCUCGGCCCCGGGCCAGCCGGGCCCCAUGGGCCUCCCGCUCCAGAUGCACCAGCUGCAGAACCAGCUGAGUCAGCAGGGGCGCCACCUCCACCAGCACCAACCGCCGCCCGCCAGCAACGAGGACUCGGCCGUCAUCAACAUCAACAGCACGGACGAGGAGGAGGAAGAGGAGGAGGACAUGGAGGACGACGAAGAGCUGGAGGAGGAGGAGGAAGGGAUGGACGAGGAGGACGAGGAGGAGGACGUGAGCGAUUUUAACGACGACGAGUUUUACGACGGCGAAGAGUACGGGUACGACGAAGAAGAGGGGGAGGAGCUGGAGGAAGAGGAGGAGGAGGAGGAAGAGGAGGACGGGGACAUUCCUCCACUGGAGGGAGCAGAGGAGAAGGCCGGGGAGGCGGGGUUAGAGGGCGGGGAGGUGCUCAGGGUGGCAGCAGAAGAAGCAGGCAUGGCUGCGUUCAGCGUGGAGGGAGAAGCAGGAGGAGGCAUAGAGGAGAUCCCCACCAACAGGUCCAUGUUCGGGGACGACAGGAUGAAGGUGCAGAAGGUGGAGAGCAUCGGGGUCCUGGAGGCGGCGCAGGAGGAGCAGGGGGAGGAGGACGAGAGCGAGAGGAUGGACGACCCCACCAUGCCACAGAUCUUGUGUGUCACCGGCGGAGCGCUGGAGGAGAGAGAGGAGGCCGAGGAGGAGGGAGGGGCAGCGGGAGGAGGAGAGGGAGGAGGAGGAGGAGAGAGAGCAGCGCUGCAGGAGGAGGCCCGGUCCUGGGAGCAAGGAGCCGACGAGAUCGAGCUGACUGCUGCCUCGGAAGAAUCCACAACUAAUCAGAAUCAACAGGAGCCAGGAGCUGAACCUGCACAGGAAGCCAGUGUGAGUGACAGCCAGCCAUCCAGUCAUCAGGAGGAGACGCUCGCCGCUGCUGAAGAGAGAGAUGCCGUGGCAGCAGAGCCCGAAACCUCAGCCAGCCCCAACACAAAAGAGCAAGAGGAGACAGACACUGACAAAAGAGAGCAAGUUAAAGCAGAGCAGCAGGAGACAGAAGGAGUAGGAGGGAGAGAGAGUGAUGGGGAGGAGGGGAAAGGAGUGAAGAGGAAGAGAGAGGAGGCACGAAACGAGGAAGAGGCGGGCCAAUGCACUGAGAAGAAGAAGCUGGAUGAUGAAGCCAUGGCCUCCAUGUUGGCUGAUUUUGUCGCCUGUCCACCUGACGACGAAGACGGUGCCUCUGGAUCGAACCGCUCAUAAAUAAAUGCCAACCUGAACUGAUGCAAUCACAGUAACCAUGGAUACAGCAGACACUGCUAGGAUACGGAAUCAUGAUGACAUUUGCGAGGUUUAGUUACCUCGUACGACCUUAUGAUGACACCUUCCAGUCCUUCUUCAGUGUUGACAUCAACGGCCCAAAUGUGGCCUCCGGGUUCCUUUUUCUCCACAGUAUUGCCAAAUCCAAGCUACACCAUGGGAACGUUUUGCUGUCACUUGGCAAGAACAAGUUUUACAUGAGCUAAAAGAAGCAGUACAUUGCCCAACAGCCAGGCAUUACUCACAAUACUAGCCUUUGUUCUUGUAUACAGUACAUAGUAUCCUACAACUAGUGUUUGAUGUGCUUUCCUUGGAUUUAUAUGUGUCUUUUAUGCUCUUUGUUUUGUCAUCAAUGUCAUCUGCUUUGAUAUGAAAAAGUAAAAAAAAAUAAAACAGGAGUUACAUACACA